CUUCCGCCUUCUCCCUCCCGCUUGUCGUCGGAUCGCGGUCGCCGCCACAGCUGCCGCUGCGGGGCGCGGUGUCGGUGGGGCGGUUGGCUUGUCUUUCAACGUUGGUGUCCGUGCCGUUGAACUGCCCGCCAUGGCUGAACUAGAUCCGUUCGGCACCCCCGCCGGCGCCCCGGGCGGCCCCGCGCUGGGGAACGGGGUGGCCGGUGCCGGCGAAGAAGACCCGGCCGCGGCCUUCUUGGCGCAGCAGGAGAGCGAGAUUGCGGGCAUCGAGAACGACGAGGCCUUCGCCAUCCUGGACGGCGGUGCCCCCGGGCCCCAGCCGCACGGCGAGCCGCCGGGGGGUCCGGAUGCUGUUGAUGGAGUGAUGAAUGGCGAAUACUACCAGGAGAGUAAUGGUCCAACAGACAGUUAUGCAGCUAUUUCACAAGUGGAUCGCUUGCAGUCAGAGCCUGAAAGUAUCCGUAAGUGGAGAGAAGAGCAAACGGAACGCUUGGAAGCCCUUGAUGCCAAUUCUCGGAAGCAAGAAGCAGAGUGGAAAGAAAAAGCAAUAAAGGAGCUAGAAGAGUGGUAUGCGAGGCAGGACGAGCAGCUACAGAAAACAAAAGCAAAUAACAGGGCAGCAGAAGAAGCCUUUGUAAACGACAUAGACGAGUCGUCCCCAGGCACUGAGUGGGAACGGGUGGCCCGGCUGUGUGACUUUAACCCCAAGUCCAGCAAGCAGGCCAAAGACGUCUCCCGCAUGCGCUCUGUCCUCAUCUCCCUCAAGCAGGCCCCCCUGGUGCACUGAAGAGCCACCCUGUGGAAACACUACAUCUGCAAUAUCUUAAUCCUACUCAGUGAAGCUGUUCACAGUAAUUGGAUUAAUUAUGUUGAGUUCUUUUGGACCAAACCUUUUUGUCUUUAGAGUUGAUCAUUGUUUGUGAUUGCAUGUUUCCCUCAACUGUGUUCUCCCUGGCAUUCAGAGAGGAGGGGGAGGAAGCCUCCCAAAGGUAGCCUCAACCUCUUCUUUUGUGCAUUAUUCUGAGAAUAAAUUUGUUUCAGAAACAAC